AUGGACACUAAUCACAUGGAAUCGCAUCGUCUAAGUAGAAAACAGCGUAGUAGAGAUAGCUCACAGCGACCGGCCGCAGGGACAAGCACGCGAGCUAAAGUCGCAUUCGGUUCGCGUCUUCCUUAUCCCAAGACGAAGGUCAAUAUUAAGGCAAAGCGCCGAUAUUUAAUUCAAGCACAGCAAGAACGUGAUGGGCCCCGACCGAACGAGCCGAAAAAGCUGGGUAGAUUCUUGUCUCAAAACGAAGCUCCAGAAUGUUUAAAAGUCAAGUCUAUGCACCGACCAUUGGUCGUGAAGAACAUUUCCGCUCCCACGAAAGUGGUUGGUCUCAAAAGCAGCAACAAUGUAAUCGAAUCCGUGCCUUGGACUACAGCCUUUGCGUUAACAAAAGACGAAUCGGCCGAACACCAGAAACUUAUUGCCGACGCUCUAACUCCAGUGUUCUGGAUAAAGCGCCGUGAAAAAGUGGAAGCAUCAUUAAAGUUGUUGGACGCGAUUGAAAAGCGCGCCAGAGGAGUAUAG